AUGGGUCAGAAAAACAGCCGCCUUCGUCCUGAAGUGAUCGACGACCUUCGCAGAAACACGGAAUUCACCGAACAGGAAAUUCACGACUGGUACAAAGGCUUCACGAAGGAUUGUCCUGACGGAACCCUGUCGGCAGAAGAGUUCAAAAAAAUAUACAGUAAUCUGUUUCCGUACGGCGAUGCUUCUGCGUUUGCGAAACACGUGUUCCGCAUUUUUGAUUCGAACAACGACGGAUCGAUAGACUUCAAGGAGUUCAUGUGUGCACUCAGCGUUACAUCUCGGGGCAAAACCGAGCAAAAGUUGAGGUGGGCCUUCCAGAUGUACGACCUAGACGGCGAUGGCUACAUUUCAAGGCAUGAGAUGCUGGAAAUCGUAGCGGCAAUUUACAAAAUGGUCGGCAACGUUGUAAAGAUGCCGGACGACGAGGCGACACCGGAGAAACGAACUGACAAGAUCUUUCAAAUGAUGGACAAGAAUUUGGACGGAAAAUUGUCAGUUGAAGAAUUCAUCAAAGGUGCGAUGUCCGACAAGUCGAUCAUACGGCUUCUAGAAGACAGCGUUGCGGCUCCUCGAUGA